AUGGCCGCGUUCAAGUUGGACAAAACUGCUAGCCUGCUCGCCGAAAAUGGAGUGGAUAUGGCCUUAGAACUCUUGUUACGAUUUUAUCGACAGUUUCGUAAAAUAAAUGUGGAACUUAGUUUCCAGAUCACUAAAAUGGACAUUGGUAUAAGAUUUAGGCAGCCGCACUAUCUGACCCUUGUUUCGACAAGGCCAGAACUGUCAAGAGCACAAUUUCUAAGAUUGAGUGAAGCUGAAAAAAGAGAAUACUUGAAAGUAUUAUUAGGUGAUGAAGAAAAUGAAAGUUUAGUAUCAUCUGACAGUGAAGACGACGAAUGGCUUCCUGCAGAUAAUCUUGAUCUUGAGGUAUCUGAUAAUGAGCAAGAGAGUGAUUACGAGGCUGAGUUUCAGGAAGAUGUCGGUAGUGAUGAGGAGUCUGUAAAUGAAGAAGCUGCAGAAGAAGAAAAUGAACGUGAAAGCGAAUCUGAAGAAGAAAAUGAAGACGAGGCUGCUGCAACAUCGCAAAGAAGUAAUAAUACAUCUUUUAUUGCUAAAGACAACACAAUUUGGCUCAAAAAUGCACCGAACCUUCAUCAAACACCUUCAAGAAAUAUUAUUCGACAAAGAGCUGGACCACACAGAAUCACAGAGAUGUUAUCGAUUUCUGAUACUUUCAAAAAAAUUAUGACUAUGGAAAUGGUAGAUAUUAUUGUACGUUGCACUAACAAAAAGGCAGAAGCUUUCUAUCAAGAAUAUAACGGUAAACAUCCCGAAAGAGAGCCACAUCCAGAUGGCCGCUAGCUUUCUUUUUCAAUAU